GUGUGUGUUUACAUGGGUAUCAACUCUUAUCAGCCGAGCUGGUUUCCUCCCAGGUGCUGCGUAAGCUGGCAAACAGCAUGAAUUUACUUCUCUCUCGCUCUCUCGCUCCCUGGCUCACUCGCCCAUUUGCUGGUCUUUGCAUAGGCGACGAUAAGACACGCGCACACGCGUUAUCUCCUCCCUCCAUCUCGUCUGACUUUGGUGUCUCCCAGGUGCAGACAGCCCUUAUGUUUGAUUCCGCGCUGAAGACCGAGGACCACAUUUGGACUGGAUGUUUACAGGAACUUACAUAAUGGGGUCAUUGUGCAGGGAGAAACACUUGCACACCACAUUGUUGCAGAGCCUGUUUCCAUGUGCAGACCUCACCCCGAACCCACAUCUAUUUCAAAUACAUCACAGUCCUCUAUUAUAAUAGAUUAAUAAAAAUGAAGACUUGUAUUUUAAAAAUUGGUGAAAGGAAUGCUGUUGCUUUUCUUUCUGAAGCUGUGAUUUACCACAUUAGAGCCGGAUUUGUACUUUCGGGUCCAUAAUCAGGCGUUUGAGCCUCCGUGUUUUGUGAAAUCGAGCUACUGACCCUCUGGUUGUUUCUGGACUACACGCUGCGUGUCUCACGUCGGAUUCAACGACAGGUGAAGCCUGGAUGGAGACGGACAGAUACCGGAUGGCAUUUAGCUGGAAUUGAUCGGGACCUGAUAACCCCCCCCCCCAGGUUGUCUGUCCUAGAGAUGAAAACAUGAGAAGUGUAUUCUUCCCUGUAAUAGUUGUGUUCAUGAAAAGAGACGUGUGGUACAGAUUCAAUCCCAGAAGAAAAAGACGAGCGUUUUGAGGUAAAGUGCAUCAGUUGAGUGCAUCUCUAAGGGCUUUUUAACCCUACAGGGGAGUUUUUCUGUUUUUUUUUUUCAAAGGGUAGUGCACAUAACUGGUUUUAUGGCGUUGUGCUCGUCGGGGGGUGGGAGUGGAGGUAGAGUCCACGCUUCCAUGAGCAGAGAGGUAGCAGCACUCCGCUCUCUUGAGCCCUGUUCAAAAAUGUCCCAGAAGCAUCCGAAAGGCUUCGCCCGCUGCGCCUGCCAAGGAAAACACGGCUUAUGAAAUGGAAAUUCUGAGGCCAUUCACAGGCGGCCAGGAAUGAUGACGAAAAAAAAAAGCGAUGUCCAUCUCAGGAAAUCCAGGAGCGAGGUUUGGGGAAAGCACACAUCCGCAGCCUGGCCACACAGGCACAACACGCGGCUCCUUACAGCAGUUCUUAUAUGUUAUAGGAUGGAGGAUCUGACCAUAGACGUCUUGCAUUAUGGGAAAUGUAGGACGGAGUGGGAGAGCGAAUCGCGAGAGGCCUCAGCUCUCGACCACCUUUCUGAAAGUUAGCGCUGUGGGCGAGCGAGCGAGCGAGCGCGCGAGAGAGAGAGGAAGCGGAGGAGUGGAGCGGUGAGACGGCCGCUGUGGGCUGGUUAUCAGGCCAAUGUGUCACACCGGGGCGGCCGGGGGCACCGACAAGGGAAGUGAGCUGUGGCCAAGAGGCCGGCGGCUCACACAAAGCAGCGCCGCUCACCUCCCGUCGCCCGCGCUCGUCCUUUUACUCGCUCCCGGCACCAGGCAGCCACACAAACAGGAUGUUAAUGCUCGACGGAAUGCCUGCAGUCCGAGUCAAAGCCGAGCCCCUGGAAUUGGAACAAGGGUCGCCCAAAGUGCGCCCUUACUCUGCGAUGGACAGCGUCCCGUUCUUCCUCAGCAGAGUUAAAGCCGAACCUCCAGAAGACCUGCUCGCUCACGACCUGCACUUCCACACACAGACUGAGCCCGUUGAUCUGUCAAUCAACAAGCCCCGCCCCUCCUCCUCCUCCAUCACCGUCCCCACCAGCGGGAUCUCCUCGUCGCCCCCCCGCCGCUCCGCCUUCUCCCCGUCGUCUCUGUCCUCGUCGUCCUCCUCCUCCUCGCCGUCGGUCAUCACCUCGGCCUCGUCGGUGCUCACGCCAGGCUCGCUGGUCGCCCCCGGCGCCGGGGCGCGAGGUCAGCCGUAUUUGCACAUCCUGCACUCUGUGCCGCCGCCCCCGUCCAGCCCGCUGAGCCUGCAGGGAGCGGGGAAGCUGGCCAGCCACGUCCACCGCAUUCCAGUCGUGGUGCAGUCGCUGCCCCUCAUGUACACCGCUGCCGUUCGAUCACCCUCCAGCCUCAACAACGCCAUCAUGCUACCUCUGCUGGAUGAGGCCAAAAACCAGGGCAAAGCGCUCGCGGACCCCAGCGGCCUGUCGCCGAGGCACAUCAAGAGCGACAGCGACGACGACGACCUGCCCAACGUGACCCUGGACAGCGUCAACGAGACGGGCUCCACGGCGCUGUCCAUAGCCCGCGCCGUGCAGGACUCCAUGUCUCCGUUCAGUAUUGACAGCAUACGGCGUCCCCGGAGGUCGGAGUCUCCCGAUUCCAAGAAGCGACGGAUCCACAGGUGCGACUUUGAGGGCUGCAAUAAGGUCUACACCAAAAGUUCCCAUUUGAAAGCACACAGGAGGACGCACACAGGGGAAAAGCCAUACAAGUGCACCUGGGACGGCUGCACGUGGAAGUUCGCCCGCUCCGACGAGCUGACGAGGCAUUACAGAAAACACACGGGGGUCAAGCCCUUCAAGUGUGCAGACUGUGACCGCAGCUUCUCCAGAUCCGACCACUUGGCCCUGCACCGGCGCAGACACAUGUUGGUGUGAACCAGACGGAGACAGACAGAGAGAGAGAGAGAGAGAGUGAGCGAGCGAGCGAGCGAGCGAGAGAGAGAGUGAUCAGUGGAACAGACACAGGCAGCCGUGGGAGCGGGAUCUCCCUAUGAAUGUUUCUCAGCUGGCCUGGACCCACACACACACACACACACAUGCACACACACAAACCCACACACACACGUAUAUACAUAAAUAUAUGUAUAUGUACAUAUAUAUAUGUAUGUAUACUCUCUGAUCCGUCAUAAGGAGUCGUGAUGGAGACGUGCACAGAGUUUGGGCAGCACAAAACAGGGUCACUUUUCGAUCCUCUUUGGUUUUGAAGGAACGGAUGCAGGAUCUUUGAUUGUCGUCGUUUGGAGGAACUUUUUGCAGCACUGUUGGUAAAUGUUUCACCCUGAUUUUUAAGAUGAACUCUUUAUUCGGACAAAAGGAAAAAAAAAACUGUCACCAUGAUUUGGAUGGCUGCUUUUCCAGCAUUUAUAAUGUGAAAGACCCCGUUGACAUGAGUGGAUACUCAGAAAGAAGCCGGGUGGGCUGGAUUACAGCGUGGUUAAAGGCUUGGCUUUGGGCCUCGGCCUCCCUGUGAGUGCGGCCUGUGGCCAGCAGAGGGCGCCGUUUCACCACAGAUCGACGCGGUCCUUUAAAAUCGGGGGCGUCCACACAGAAGAGGGCUGGACUGCCACCUUUUGCCACAGGCAGCGAACCAUAAACAACACGGCUCCAGCAGCCACCCGCUGAAUGGAUUAACCUCAUCAACACCUCUACUGUUCCGGAUCCACCACUUUAGUCCAAGCAACGAGAACUGGACACGCGUAUCAUCACACCAGCAAAGAAACUCACCAUGUCUGAUUGAUCCACAGGGCCGGAGACGCCCGUAUCUCAUCAGUGCUAUUCUUUAUGUUGAGCCUCUUGAAAGCAUUUCUUCAAAAAUUCUUUUUGGUGGAUUUUGUGCUGUGAUUAGCAAUCAGUAAAGUGCAAUCUUAAAGGCUAAAUAUACUUUUCAGUAUGACAGAGUUUUGUUUAUUGAAUCUUGUUUUUUUUUUAUUUUAAUGCCUGCUUAUUGCUUACGUUUAACUCAGAAAAUACAACCCCUCAUGUACAGUGAACUUUGAAACAAUCAGAGGAGAUUUCCAGUAUGUGAAGAAAAAAAAAAUAAUAGAGGCACCUUAUAGACUCAUGCGUUCAUCGUGUCCUGAUCGGUCUGCUUACUUUAAUUUUCAGCUUCGCGUUCCACAGUGAAAGGAUUUUGUGUUGUGGUUUUGCACAGCUGCACUUGACCAUAAGCUGACGCCGACGCGGGGACAACGUGGUACUAAUCAAGAAGAGCAAUACACUCGGAGCGAUGCGAUGGGGGGAGGGAGGUCGCCCCCGCCCCCGUCCUCGCUCCGCUUGCUGAUGUCACUGGGCGAGCUGGGAUUUCUAGCUGGGCCAGCUCCUCGCCCGGUACCGUGUCUCCCCUCUGUCACUGGUCGGUGUGCGACAGCACAAGGCUCUGAUCUGACAUGUUGGCGAGUCGCUCCCAAUGAUUCCACUCGGUUUGUCUCAGACGCUGAAGAUCAUGACAGCAGAUCAACUCACCCGACUUCUCUGAGAUUUGGUUAUGAAACGCUGAAAAACACAAGAGGAUCCACACACGCAGUAAAGUCACACAGAAUACAGUCACUGGCAGGAACAUCUUUACUCACCUUUAUAAGAGAAGUAUUUUUAUAGUCCUAAUAACAGACAUGGUUGCAGUAACGCUCCUGUGCUGCAGACACAAACUCAGUAUCAGGCUCUUAUUAUUUGAUAGAGCUGCUAAAUGUCUUUAUUGGAGCGAAGCCAGUGAAAGGAAAGAACAUUUUUGAUAAUAGCACCUUGAAAAGCAUACACUCAGACACAUAACACCCACUUAUACACACACACACACCCACACACACACACACACACACACACACACACACACACACACACACACACACACACACACUCAUAUUUAACAUCCUCACUUUCAGUAAGUAGCCAAAUCCAGGAAGGCAUUUACGCACACACACACACACACACACACACACACACACACACACACACACACACACACACAAACACACACACACACACACACAACACCCACUAUAUGUGACACCCCUUUUGAUGUAAUGGAUGUUAUCAUUAUUUCAUUAUUUAUGUAUAUUUCUUGUGCACAAAUGUCAUUACACCCAGUUGUAUUAUCAUUUUUUGGCAAAAGCAUAUCAGCACCUUGUUUGUUUAUUAGCAUGAUUUUCAAAUUAUUUUAUUUCAGAUGUCAAUUUAUAAACAAAUAAUCGUCAUCGUAUUCUACCAUCCGUGUUAUGUAUAAGAACAUUUUAUGAUCGAGGGGCACUUCAUCAUUGCAUAUAACUUUUUUUUCUGUAAAAAGAAUCUUUUGAAAUGUUGUAAUAUAUGUCAUAGUGAAGAGAAGACUUAUUACAAAGUUCUACAGCCUGUAUAUACAUUGGAAGAAUAGGGCUUUUCAUUAGUAGAUGCAGGAAAUACAUUUAUACAUGUAAAGUCUUUUUCAGAGACUGUAAUUUAUCUAAUUUGAUAUACAGUGAAAUGGGGCUAAUGGUUUUCAUCGUGUAAAUGAUCAUAAGUGGUGUUCUAUAACAGUUUGCUUUUUCCUGUUUGUUUAUUUUAUUUUAUUUUUUUUUGUGGUUAACCAAGUUCACGAUCAAACACGUGUUAUCCCCAAGGCUGAAUCAGUGUUCUCUCCACCCCGCUAAUUAUUUAUAUGCUUUGACCGCAUUAAGGUACUCGAUUCCCCGCUGCGGCCCCGCUUGACGCGGACGGCGGCUCUCCGUAUGUGACGUCGCAUGCCUUAACGCACCGACUUUUAAAGAUUCAAUUAGACUCGACGGUGGCGCCUCCACAGGACAGGGUGUAUUGUAUUUCUCUGCAGCGACUUUUUCCUUGCCAUGUUUUUUUGGAAGCAUAAUUUUGUAACGGUAACCAGGGUCAAAGUUAUGCAAUAACGAUGAAUAGUGCCUCACACCGCGAACGGGUCGCACCAACGCUCUCGACUCCCCGACACGUGUGCUCCAAUCGAUCAAUUUCAAAGGACACACGAGGAAUUUUUGCGAGGAAAUGACAAAAAAAAAAAACAUAAAAAACAAAAAAGCACAGUCAACAAUAUGCAAGUCGGACCUAGUGUUUCACUUUCUUUUUCGCACUGAGCCUUAUGCCAUUGAGUCCAAUGCAGCAUCCUCCCAUCACUUGUCCACGAGCUGUUCAUCGCGUGUAUUAUUACUUUCGCCUGCAAUAAGUCACUUCCUCCACGGGAACAAAAACCGAGUUACAAAAGCCUCUUGAUGUUUCACCUUCAACACAUUAUUUCCACAUACAGUAGUGAUUCCAUGGAAGAUAAUGAAGAAUCUUGGUCACGUGGGAGAAAAACAUCCCGUGUCUGCGAUUCCAGCUUUAGAGUGAUGCCUUUACUUAUGAAUACUGACCUUUCUUUCUAUCAAUUCAAUAUCUAUUUUACUUUCUGUGUAACAUUCUGCUUUUGAGUUCCUGGUUUUGACGAGUUAAGUAGUGAAGCCAAUGCCUAUGUUUCAAGUUUGCUGAUAUUACGUACAGUAAUCGUUGUUUCUGUAUUUAUGUAAAGUGAGUGUAGUGUAAAUAUAUUCCGAUCUUUUCAUUCUUACCGUAAAAAGAAGUUGUGAUAUUGCUCAGCAUCGCUUCAAAAGGGAGACUCUGCUCAUGGUCAACCACAUCUGUAAAAGACAUUUUUAACCCUGAUGUUUUUCAAGGCUUCAAAAACAGGUGUCCUUUUUUUUCUGUUACGCUACUUUUCACGGAGAGUUGUUUAAGUAUCCAGUCAGUGUUUUGCCUUUUUCUCUGUAUUUUUCAUAUGGAUGGAGCUGUGAAAUUAAAAUAAGUUCAAACAUAUACAUGUAUAUGAAUAUGAAUGGAGGCAUGAAGGUUAAUAAAGUUGCAUUUUGUAUGUAAGCGA